AUGCGAAUGUUAGCAUAUGGUGUGGCAGCAGAUGCAGUCGAUGAAUACAUCAAAAUAGGAAGUAGUACAACAUUGGAGUGCUUACUUAGAUUCUGCAAAGGAAUCAUACGAAUGUAUGAGCAAGUGUACUUGAGAGCACCAACCCAAGAUGACCUGCAAAAAAUACUACAUGUUAGUGAAAUGCGGGGAUUCCCAGGGAUGAUCGGGAGUAUUGACUGCAUGCAUUGGGAGUGGAAAAAUUGUCCUAAAGGAUGGGAAGGUCAAUUCACCAGGGGGGAUAAGGGAACCACAACAGUUAUUCUUGAAGCAGUUGCAUCUCAUGAUCUAUGGAUCUAG